AUGGCGGAUCCAGCACCGGCGGAAGCCGGCCCGCUCGAAGCAGACAAUGGAGAGGAGAACGAUACCAAUGAUGACAGCGACUCGGCCAUGGGAGUGUCUGUGCUCGGGUCAUCUGCAUCCAUGACAAGCAGUAUCAUGCGUUACCGCGAAGAAAAUGGAAGAACAUACCACGCAUAUCGAGAAGGCAGAUAUGUUUUGCCGAAUGACGCGGUUGAAAACGACAGGCUCGCCGACGAUCAUCAAGAGACACUGAUAACUGGUGUUGAUCUCAGCCCAAUACAACCGCCAUUUGUACCUCCCAACGUCACAUUCUACAUCGACGAUCUAGAAGAUGACUGGACAUACUCCUACAAGUUCGACUUCAUCUUUGGCCGAAUGCUCACAGGUUCCAUAGCCGACUGGCCAAGGUUUAUCCGCCAAAGCUACGAAAACCUCGAACCCGGAGGCUGGAUAGAGUUGUCCGACAUCCUCCUAGAUCUCCAAAGCGACGACGGAACAGUCAGCCCCGAAUGCGCAACUCAAAAGUGGGCAGGACAUAUGCUCGAAGCGGCGGCGAUAUGGAAACGACCGCUGGACAGCUGCAAAUUCUACAAAGAGCAGCUCGCAGAAGCGGGGUUCACCAAUAUUGAGGAAAAGAUUUACAAGUGGCCGUCGAACCCCUGGCCAAAGGAUCCAAAGUACAAAGAGCUAGGUUGGUCGGCGGAGCAGCUCGAAGUCUUUUUGGUGGAUGCUAGGAAAGACAUGCGAGACAGGUCCAUACACGGAUGGUGGCCAGUGUAA